UUAGAAUUAGAAGAAGAUUCAAACUUUCAUAUUUAAGUUGAGUGCUUAUCUAUACUUCUGUGUGGAUCUCAAAAACUAGGCAUGAAUAUCAUCCACCUGCUUUGUGCCCUAUGUGUCAUGAAACCAAAUAGCAGAAAACACCACCUGUACGCACCCAACAUAGCCAAAAAUGCACACUAUCAUCCAAGUCUCACAUGGCUUUGCGCCCAUGAAUAGAUACACCAGGAAAGCUCCAUUUACCCGAGUGUCUCUAACCCUGUAAAUGUGUAUACUUAUAUAUAUACUAAUAACCCACAUCCAUUGCCUUGUAUUGAGCUCUAAACCAAACCCAUUUCAGUGACCCAAGUUCUAACAUUUCCCCAUUCUUAACAAAGGCACUGCACCAUGAUCAAGAUGGCAAGGAAGUGGCAGAAGCUAACUUCAAUGAGGAAACAGAUUUCACUGCAGAGAAGAAAUGGAGAUAUUGCAUAUACUGACAGCAGCAGCAGUAGUACUACUUCAUCAAGAGCUGAGAAGGGCCAUUUUGUUGUCUACACAAUAGACCAGACCCGGUUUGUGUUUCCCAUAGUGUAUCUCAGCAACCACAUCUUCAGAGAGCUCUUCAAGAUGUCUGAGGAAGAGUUUGGAUUGCCCAGAGAUGGACCCAUCAUGCUGCCAUGCGAUGCGGUCUUUAUGAACUAUGUAGUGUUCUUGAUAAAGCGGCGUGUGACUAAAGACAUGGAGAAAGCUCUGCUCAUGUCCAUGGCUACUAGUCAAUGCUCACGGUGUCAUUCUCUUUGUCAAGAAGAAAGCAGUCAGCAUGUGCUUCUCCGUGGCUUCUGAAUGAAUUAAACCUCACAAGUUUUUGUAUAUAAUCUACUAAUUUGAUGCUACAAAAAAUUUGAUUUCUUUCUUCAUUCUUGAAUGUAUCAGCUGAAGGAAAAAGAUUUGACUAUAUGUGUGAAAUUAUUCUCAUGUUGUAUGCAUCUAGGAUUCGUCAG